AUAGCUUGUUUCAUAGUGAGUUUCAUUCAGGCACCGUGUUGAACAGUCACCACGCGCUGUUGUGUAGAGAGGACCCUGCAGUCCACCAUGGCGGCGCCCGGUGGAACUUUAAACUGUGAGGACUUUUCAAUGUUUCAGGAGACGCUGAAGGUGAUGCGCAACAUCGAUGACCGCAUCGUCCAUUCCCUCAACACCACCGUGCCCACGGUCUCCUUCUCAGGCAAAGUGGAUGCCACGCAAACAUGCAAACAACUCUAUGAAUCUAUGAUGGAGGCUCAUCUGACCAGAGACAAAGCUAUCAAGUCCUGUAUACACCAAACAUCGGAGCUGGUGGGACAACUGCGUAAAGAGAGAGCAAAAGACAGUGACAACCUGGCACUCAUCAAACAGCUCAGAAAGGAGCAGACCAACUUAAAGCUAAUGCAAACAGAGCUGAAUGUUGAAGAGGUUGUCAAAGACAGAAGUCUGAAGAUUUUCAGCGAAAGGUGCAGAAUCCACUACACGCCUCCGAAGGUGAAGUGAAGCUCCGUCCGAUGAGAGCGGCUGCUUUACUCGAGGUCCAAAUCCAGACUGGAGCGGAGACUGGGGCUCCUGCCUGCAGGCUGCAGAGACCCAGACCUCUCUGACCUCUGACCUCUUCUCAAACACUUAUAUUCCACUGUGAUUGUUGUGUUGCAUUGCCACAGCUGUAAAACCGUCAUGUCAGUCGUUUGCUUCUUUAAUGAGAAAGAUUGUAUAAAAAUGUUUGUUUUUUAAAAAAGACAAUGAAAUGUUUUCAAGUGA